AUGUCGCGCAUGUGGGUUAGCUUCAUUGUUGAUCAGGAUCCAAAUUAUUCCGAUGUGAGCAUGUACUUCAACGUUAACAUGACCAAUGUACUGGCAGUUGAACCGGAUUACUACCGCGCUGCUGGGAUUGCAUACAUUCAAGAUUGUCUUGUUCCACUGUAUGGUUCAGCAAGUGAAGAGAUACUUGCCAAUUCUCAGAUGGGUCUUCUUGAACGAGAUUAG